AUGGACGAGGACUACGUAUUUGUGCCGAGACCAGAUGAAGCGCCGCCACAGCUUCAGUCUCUGACGGGACACUUUGCUGAAAUUGACCACUUUAUUGAACAACUUGAACCUGCCUUGUGGCCGCUAAACUGCUUCAUACACGACAACCCCGAGCUCGGCUAUAAAGAGUUCAAGACGCACGAUGUUUUAACAAAGUUUAUGAGCUCUAGAACAGGAUGGGCUGUCACUCGCUCAGCGUACGGAAUGGCAACCGCGUGGGAAGCCGUCUUCGAUACCGGCCGACCGGGACCUGUUGUUUCCUUCAACGCAGAGAUGGACGCACUUCCAAACUUGGGCCAUGCCUGCGGGCACAACCUGAUUGCAAUGGUGUCCGUCGCUGCUGGUCUUGCCACAGCGGAAAUACUUGACCAACAAGGUCAGGCGGGCAAGGUCGUCAUAGUCGGCACACCAGCAGAAGAAGGCGGCGGCGGCAAGAUCAGGUUACUGGAUGCUGGCGCAUACAAAAACACCGAUGUAUCCCUCAUCUCGCACCCAGGGAUUCUAAACAACAGCCCGAUGGUCAGAGCUACUGCGUUUACCAGACUCGAUGUGGAAUAUCACGGCAAAGCAGCGCAUUCGGCCAAGAAUCCGUGGCAAGGCGUGAAUGCCCUUGAUGCCAUGGUUAUUGCAUACAAUGGUGUAUCUGCUAUGCGCCAGCAAACCAGGUCAGAUGAUUUUAUCGGACUACAAAUCACACAUGGUGGUGACAGACCGAAUUUCAUUCAUGAACAUGCUGCUGGAGCUGCUGUCCUCCGAGCCGCCACAGCGCCGCAUCUGGAUCAACUGCAACGCAAGGUCGAAGGCUGUUUCCGCGCUGGAGCCGAGGCCACCGGCGCACGAGUUGAGAUUAAAGUUCGACCGGGCUACCUGGAUCAUAUGCCAAAUCGAGUGCUUGCGUCUUCUUUUGCAAAGUACUGGCACGAAAUGCCCAACAGUCCAGAUCCGCCGCUCCCGCCACCAGGACAGUAUACUUGGGUGAGGUCAAGCACCGAUCAGGGAAAUAUCAGCUAUGCCUUGCCGAGCAUGAAUGUCAGUUUUGCGAUACCGCCCGGGCCGGAGUUUGGACAACCACAUAGUCCAGAUUUUGAAAGGGCCUCGCGAACACGAGGAGCGUUUGAUCGCGCCAUGAGAGUGGCUAAAGCCAUGGCCGGCACAGCGGUUGACAUGUACACGGUGCCAGGACUUCUGCAAAAAGUCAAAGACCAAUGGGAGCGUGACAUGAGCCAAGAUUAG